CGAAUUAGCCCUGAAGCUGGGCCAUGACAAAGGCACUAACCGCAGCGGCCUCCUAGUCGCAUACGAGACACAUGGCGGCAUGCACGUCCACCAACGCAUGGGAAUAAAGCACUUGGCUAUGGGCUUCCACGAGGUAUCCCUGCUCUCUGCCGCCCCCUGUCCACGGUGAGACGCUGCCGAUGACUACGCCGCACGCCGACAAAGGGGACCGGCCGCUACAAUGGGCCCGCCGGACGAGGCUCGCUGCGACAGCUUGUUGUGUUGGACCUGUUCAGCACACGGCGAGCGGCUGCGACGCACACCAUGGCAGCACCGCCAGCCAUCUAUGUCUCCAUCAGCCACCACGCGAGACGAGGCAGCCAUCUGCGUCUGCACCCAAGAACGGUGCAGCCAGUGAUACGCGCAUGUCGUGCUGCCUCUGUGCUCUGUUGAGGCGGGCUUCUGCCACAGUAUGGCCUGACGCAGACAGCUGUCUAUUCCGCAAACACGUCCCUGCCGCUGAAGGCAGCAAAGCGUCGUUGCGCAAACACCGCAGCUUCUUACACACCACAAACUCCCGCGUUUCGCAUCUGCACCGCCGUUUGUCCAACUUCUGGCAAGACCCGUUUUCGCGUAACCUUUUGGUGGCGACCGAUACCACUCUCGGCCCACGAACUGGUCGUACUGUGCCAUGGUAAGCUGCCGCCUACCAAUCGCAACACUACCGGCCUACUUUUGUGUGGAACACGUCGCCAUAAUCGAGAGGCCCGGAACUUUGCUGCUGAGGCCGCCAAAACGUGGAAUGCACGUUGCACCCUGGCCUUGGGCCAUG